AUGUUGAGACACUAUGUGUUCCUCCCCAUAUUUCUGCUGUCUUUUAGAUAUGUAUUCGCUGUGAUCAACGGAAUCCCUACAACAAGUGCAAAAGUUAAAUCACAAGCUGUCUUACUUAUUGGAUCAGCUGGUUUGGAAAAAAACCGAAAAAUAAUCUGUGGAGGAGCUCUAAUUACCACAAAUGUUGUUCUGACGGCAGCUCAUUGUGUUUACUCCAACUCUUCCUUCGCCACUUCGAUACAAGUUCGCCUCAAUACCUUCAACAUUCGACGUUACGAACCGGCUGAAAUUAGGCUUUUGUCCAGAGCCAUAGAAAUAUUUCCUAACUAUAGAGAAGAUGAAGACGCUAGUGAAGAUCUAGCUAUAGUUUAUCUUCCUCGACCUAUUACGGAGGCUUGUAGUUUAAAGGAUGGACCUGAAAUAGCUCGUCUUCCUCCAUCACCUUAUACUGUUCCCCUUCAUGCGAACCCUAUGCUAUCCUAUCUAAUGACACCGCUUUCUGAUUUCGAAAUGGAAACGGGAUUUUGCUUUGUACACGGCUGGGGACUCAACGGAAAUAGUCAGACAGAUGAACCAUCGACAGCUUUAUUAAGAUUAAGUAUUCGUACUCUCUAUGGAAAAAAAGUUCUUGUUGGAGAACCUUUGUCACCUCUAACCAAACUAUGCAUGGGUGAUUCCGGAAGUCCUGUGUAUUGUUUAGUAAGAGGCCAGAACUUUUUGGUUGGGAUAGUCUCAGAAUUGAGUACUUGGAUGCCGGAUACGAAAGCUGAUGUUGAUCAAACGACAGAUGAAAGAGCUCGCUGUAUGAUGUACGAUUUCGUAGUCAUUGUCGACCUCCGUCAUAAAGUUUCUGGAAUUCAGACAAUUUUUAAUCAGAGAGGACUUACUCAACAACUCAAACAUGGACAACAACAGUGCUCAUAUUUAUAA